UUAAUAACAAAUAAAGUCUAUAAAAAUGAAUAAUGUGGCUCACGACUAUGCAAAAAUCAUACAGAGCGCCGAUCUGGAAAAGGAGAUAAACCCGCUCUGCACGAACAUCGACGAUAUGUUGGCUAGACUGGAUGAAUUUGAAACUUUAUUGGCUUCGGUGCGUGCCGAGUCCAAUGGAAUGAUGGCUAAUAACGUCUGCAGUAUCCUAGCAUUUAGCGACAAUUUUGACCAACUGCGAAAAAGGAUCGACAGCUUGGAGCAGUUUGUGGGAUGUGUCAGUGCCAACUUGGGAGAAGUGGAAAGAGCUGUGGACAUUUCCGAGGAGGAGCUUCACGUUACGGAUUACAGCAUCAAGGGUUUACUGAUAAAGCCCUUAAAAGCAAAACUAGCUGCCAGCGAUUCAUCCAGUUCCUCCGGCCAACCCAGAACUAACCUCGUCGAGGGCAAGUUCCAGCCUUUCCAAAUCUACAAAUCGGAUGAUUAUUUUGGCAAGGUGGAAGAGGAAACCCCGGCAGAGAUGAUACUUUCAGGACAAUUAGAAUAACAAGAUAGGUUUUUUUUGUUUAAU